AUGAGCAAUCCCCUGCCCCUACGGCCCAACCUGCCUCCCUGCCAUCCUCUGCCCCCCCCGGCGGCCCAACCCGCCUCCGCACCAUCCCCUGCCCUGGUGGCCCAACCCGCCUCCGCACCAUCCCCUGCCCUGGUGGCCCAACCCGCCUCCCAACCAUCCACUGCCCCUGGGCGGCCCAACCCGGCCUCCCCGCCACCCACUGCCCCAGUGGGCACAACCCGCCUCCCAGCCGUCCCCUGCCUGGCUACCCAACCCGCCUCCAGCUGUCCCUGCCGCAGCAGCCCCCAACCCACCUCUCAACUGUUCCUUACCCCGGCAGCCCAACCCGACUCCCCACGUCCCCUGCCCUGUAGCCCAACCUGCUUCCCCUUGUUCCCUGGCCCGACGGUCCAACCCGCCCCCCCCUCCCCCCGUCCCCUGCCCCAGCAUCCCACAACCAACCCCUUCGUCCUCUGCCCUGGCAGCCCAACCCCCGCUUCCCGCCCGCCUCCCACUCGUCCCCCUGCCCUGGCAGCCCGUCCCACCUCCCACUCUCUCCCCUGCACCGACGGCCCGUUCCUGCCUCCCCCUUGUCCCGUGCCCGUCCCCGGCAGCCCGUCCCGCCUCCCCUCGUCCCUUGCACCCUUGGCCUGUCCUGCCUAUUCGUCCCCUGUCCUGGCAGCCCGUCCUGCCUCCCCCCUCGUCCCCUGCUCUGGCAGCCCGUCCUGCCUGCCUCACUCGUCCCCUGUCCCCGGCAGGCCCGUCCUGCCCGUCCUGCCCCCUCUCACCCGUCCUGCCCCUUGGCUUUGGCCCGUCUCGCCUCCCCCUCGUCCCCUGCCCCGGCAGCCCAUCCCGCCUCCCCCUCGUCCCCUGCCCUGGCAGCCCAUCCUGCCUCCCCCUUGUCCCCUGCCCGGUAGCGAAUCCCGCUUCCCCCUCAUCCCCUGCCCCGAGAGCCCAUCCCACCUACCCCUUGUCCCUGCCCCGCCAGCCCAUCAUCCUGCCUCCCCCUCGUCCCCUGCCCCUACAAACUGGUGGCCCAACGACCUCUCAGCCGUCCCGUGCACCGACGCCUGCCCAACCCGCCUCCACUCCGUCCCAAGCUCUGGCGGCCCAACCCGCCUACCUGUUGUCCCCUGCCCAGGCCCUCGGCGGCCCAGCCAGCCUCCCCACCAUCCCCUGAUAUGGCGGCUCAACCCGCCUCCCCGCCGUCCCCAGCCCUAA